AUCCGUCGUCUGUCCUCCUUCUCCCCUCCGCACGGGCAGCUCCCUCCUUUCCAACUGCAGCUGUUUUGGGUAAACCGGAGAGGCGCGAAGGCAGGAUGCGCGAUGGGACAAGCGUGCGGACACGCGCUCCUCUGCCGUAGCCAGCCGCCGUCCUCUGAGAUACGUGGUCAGCAAGUGUUCCUGCGUCCUGACGAGAGUUCAGCUCCAGCCCUGAGUACCAGACAGUCCACCACGUUGUCCGAACAACUACAGGAUGCCUUGCUGCGGCUGGCGGCAGUUGUCGAUGCACGCUCGCUGCGAGUGGCCCUUCGAGACAGCAUUAAGGAGCUGCUGCCCGGCACGGAGUGUACAUGUGUCUACUUGCUGGAGGAAGACUCGAGGCUACUAUCUGAAAGACCCCAGCAUGAACUGCCACAAGAGGGAAAGAUCAGGAGCAUUGUGGACCAGCUGAAACGAUGUCAGUGCACCGGCCUUCCUCCAUCCGAACUGCCAGAGAAAUACAGAAUCUGCCUCGCAGCACCAUUACCAGCACACAGAAGAGCUGUUGUCAUUCCUAUCUUGGAGCAGGACAAGGUCAUCGCUUGUCUUACUGGUGGCUGUGGUCCACUAUCUGAUCAGGAUGAACUGCAUUUGAACGUGCUGGAAAAACACGCCUCAGCGGCAUGUGUGCGGGUCCAGGCUGUUCAAUCCUACCACAGGCCCCCUCUCAGCCCCUCUCCCCUACAGUCCCACAAUGCACUCCUGCCUCUCACCGUCUCCGAACAGGACUACUGCGAGCUGGACCGCAACAUUCUGCAGCUCUGUGGUGAGCUCUAUGACCUUGAUGCAGCCUCUCUUCAGCUUAAAGUCAUCAAUUAUUUGCAGCAGCAGACUCGGUCACAGUGCUGUUGUUUGUUGCUGGUCUCUGAGGAUAACCACCAGCUAUUUUGCCAGGUAGUUGGAGACAAAGUCCUGGAGGAGGAGAUCAGCUUCCCGCUGAUGUUUGGACGUUUUGGUCAGGUUGUUGAGAAGAAGAAGUCAAUUACUCUACAAGACAUCAGUGCUGAGGAGCGCAGGCAGCUGUCCAGCAUGCUGGGCUGUGAGAUCUCCUCCAUGCUCUGUGUGCCUGUGGUCAGCAGGGCAACAGGACAGGUGGUGGCGCUAGCGUGCGCCUUCAACAAGGAGGGCGGGAAGAGGUAUGUGUACCACACUGAGAUAGAUGAGCAUGCCAUCCAGCACUGUUUCUGCUACACUUCAACGGUCCUCACUUCAACUUUGGCCUUCCAGAAAGAGCAGAAGCUCAAAGUGGAGUGCCAGGCGCUCUUGCAAGUGGCGAAAAAUCUCUUUACACACUUGGAUGAUGUGUCAGUGCUGUUACAGGAAAUUAUAGUGGAGGCCAGGAACCUCAGUGGUGCAGAGAUCUGUUCAGUGUUCCUGCUGGAUCGUGUCAGCCAUGAGUUGGUGGCAAAGGUGUUUGAUGGUGGUGUGGUCAGUGAUGAGGAGAAAGAGUUUCGCAUCCCAGCCGAUCAGGGCAUUGCCGGCCAUGUUGCGACCACUGGUCAGAUUUUGAACAUUAAGGAUGCCUACUCCCAUCCUCUUUUCUAUCGUGGGGUGGAUGACAGCACCGGCUUCAGGACUCGCAACAUCCUCUGCUUCCUCAAAGAUGAGAACAAUGAAGUCAUCGGCGUUGCUGAGCUGGUGAAUAAGAUGAAUGGGCCGUGGUUCAACCGCUUCGAUGAGGAUUUGGCAACAGCUUUCUCCAUCUACUGUGGUAUCAGCAUUGCCCAUUCUCUGCUCUACAAGAGAGUGGGAGAGGCCCAGUUCAGAUCCCAUCUGGCCAAUGAAAUGAUGAUGUACCAUAUGAAGGUUUCAGAGGAAGAGGUGUCUAAGCUGCUGGUAUCUGGCAUCGAGCCAGUGAAGGAGAUUGACCCGUGCUUCGCCGAGUUCACGUACACGCCGCGCUCCCUUCCCGAUGACACCACACCGAUGUGUGUCCUCAGCAUGUUUGAAGAUAUGGGUUUCAUCAACACGUAUAAGAUCGACAUGCAAACUCUCGCCAGGUUCUGUCUGAUGGUGAAGAAAGGUUACAGAGACCCUCCCUACCACAACUGGAUGCAUGCCUUCUCUGUCUCACACUUCUGCUACCUGCUCUACAAAAAUCUAGGGCUGUCCAACUACCUCGAGGAUAUAGAGAUAUUAGCGCUCUUUGUCUCCUGUAUGUGCCAUGAUCUGGACCACCGUGGCACCAACAACUCUUUCCAAGUCGCCUCGCAAUCUGUGCUGGCUGCUCUCUACAGCUCAGAGGGAUCUGUGAUGGAGAGACAUCACUUUGCCCAGGCCAUCGCUAUUCUGAACACUCAAGGCUGCAACAUCUUGAGAAGUUCUCUAGGAAGGGACUACCAGCGCAUGCUGGAUUUAAUGAGAGACAUAAUUCUGGCUACAGACCUUGCUCACCACCUUCGCAUUUUCAAGGACUUGCAGAAGAUGUCUGAUGAUGGAUACAAUGCAAAAAGCCGUACCCACCACUCCCUGCUGCUGUGCCUAUUGAUGACUUCGUGUGACCUGUCAGCAACCAAGGGCUGGAAAACCACACGCAAAAUUGCUGAGCUGAUUUAUAAAGAGUUCUUCUCUCAAGGAGAUCUGGAAAAAGCCAUGGGCAACAGGCCCAGUGAGAUGAUGGACAGAGAGAAAGCGUACAUCCCAGAACUACAGAUCAGCUUCAUGGAGCAUAUCGCCAUGCCGAUCUACAAGCUGCUAUCUGAACUGUUUCCUGGGGCCACUGAGCUGUACGAGAGGGUGGCGGCUAACCGUGAGCAGUGGACCAAAGUGUCCCACAAGUUCACCAUUCGUGGGUUGCCUAGCAACAACAGCCUCGACUUCCUGGACCAGGAAUACGAGCUGCUGCAGGCCCAGGGUGCUUUCGGGAGCGACGAUCACUGCCUCAACGGCUGCCUCGACGACACAGAAGGAGGGAGGGGUCAGUGACGAGAGCGGGCUGAGGACGGUUUCGUCGAGUUUUCUGUGGUCCAACAAGAGGCUGAGGAUACCUUUUUAGCGACCUAAGAGUCACGGGUCUCUCUGCUAUCAACCACUUAGAUGCUUAGCAGGCCAGACAGGAUGGGACUAAGUUUCAAACUGAAUCAGAUAAGCGAUCUGAAACGAGUGCUGGAUCCACGUGUCUCCAGUUAAAGAUAGCAGAAAGUGGUGACUUUAUCUAUUUCAGCAGCUAUACUGGGAAAAUAGGUUUUACCACUAGUCACAAGCUCAUUCAUACAGUGCUGAUCCUGAUUAAGAUUGUAAAAACACACACCUACACUGACACACACACAUAUGUACAUGCACAUAUGGCUUCAAGAUGGAGAAAAAAAACAUUCAUUGUGAUGGCAAAGACUACUUCAACAUGUAACAGUGAGAUGAAGUGCUAUAGUUUCUGUAAAAUGUGUCAUAAAAGCUUAUAUUGAUUUAAAGCAGCUGCCAUAGCCCUCACCUGAUGCUUAUGAAUGCAUGCUGUAUGGACACCUCAUGUUUUAUUCCUUUUUAUCUGGUCAGUGUUGAUUUUUUUUUUUUACCAUUAGCUAAGAAAUGAAUGCACUCUAUUUUCAUACCAUCACAACACAUUUUAAUAUUCAGCUCUUCAUGAUAUAUGUAAUAAAUUCAUGAGCUUUUGUUCCUUUUAGUGAGUCACUUCUUGCUUUUGGAGGUGUUUAGGGGACAAUUUGACAAUCACUCAUUAACGACAGCGUAACUGAUCCCUGACCCUACUGCAUUCAUAAAACACUGAAAACGCACAUCCUGUGCAUAUUAAUUGGAUGUCUUUUCAUCAGUUAUUGCACCUCAAACAAAGGCCCUACUUUAUUCUUCUCAUCAUCCUUCACAUUUCCUUUUCACUUUGGUCAUUUUCUUUCUUUUUUUUCUUUUUCACUUAACUGAUUUCUUCAUAAACCCGCUUUAGAUAAAGAUUAACCGAAUCCCUUUAAAAGAUCCAUCUCAUCUGUAAGUGUAAAUGUGCCAGAGCAGAGUGUGUCAUUGAGUGUGUCAUAUGGAUCUGCCUUAUUGCGCAUCUUUGCUGCCUUUCUUAGAGCUUUUAAUAUAUAAAAAUUGAAAUAAAGAGUCUGUUUAGUAUGUAUGUUGUAUAUUUGUUAUAGAGGUAGCGUGAGUAUCGAUGUGUUGACUGAAUGAUCACCAUGCUGAGAAGAUGUAUAUCUGUGAAAUACCCGUGUGAAGACCUCAGAUGUCACGUCAUUUCACUUCUUUCCAUUUUAUCUGCACAACCACCCUCGGGUGUUCCAGUCCGACAUAAAAGCAUUUUGUUCAGUUCUCAGUGCACCCAAAAAAAAAACAAAACAUUUUUUUAAAAGGAACUAGAGAUGUAGCCAUCAUAGAAAUUACUCUUUCUUGGAAGCAUCCAACAGUUCACUAUUGCUGCACUCCAAAGGAAAUGUUUGGAAAAACAGAGUUAAGUUCUCAGCUUGUGCCUCAUAGAAAAC